GUCUUUUUGCAUUGUCAACCAUCUUUGGUGAAAUGAGCUCAAACAUUAUAUAUCAACUGUUCCAGAUGCAGUAGAAUGGACUUGAAAGAUGCUCUUAAUCUCAACACCUCAAUACAACCAUGCUGCCUUAAAGGGAGGUCAUCAAGGGAGCUCAAGAGCUUGUUCUUGGGAGACAGAGGAUAUGACUUUGCUGGCUGUGGGCCCAAAUUGACUUGGGGUUUCUUCUGUUACAUUCAUCAGAAACAAACUGGAGUGAAGUAAGGAUAAUGCAAAUGAUUUCAAUGGCAGUGUUAAGCUCGUUGCGAGCAUAGUCAUGCAGACACGACUCAUCAAAAUACUGCAAAGUUGGGAAAGCACAGGAGAUCAAUGGUGGUAUGCAACCCCCAUAGAUUGGGCAGCAGCCAAUGGCCUUUGUGACUUAGUCAAAGAGCUUCUCCGCAUUGACCCUAACCUCCUCAUCAAGCUCACCUCCCUACGCCGAACACGCCGCCUUGAGACUGUAUGGGAGGAUGGGAUCAAAGCGGCUGAUGCCACGCCCUACAGCGACGUGGCCCUUUGUAGGGCUUGUGUGGCCCGGACCCUACUCAUGGACUGUGAGCCUGGACUUGGUGAUGGGCUGCAGCAGAACUCUUUGAUGAGAGCAGGCUAUGGUGGGUGGCUUCUCUACACUGCUGCCUCUGCAGGGGAUAUGGGAUUUGUUAUGGACUUGCUUGAGAGAGAUCCUCUUCUUGUGUUUGGAGAAGGUGAGUAUGGUGUCACUGAUAUUUUUUACGCUGCUGCUCGGAGCAAGAAUUCGGAGGUUUUUAGGCUCUUGCUUGAAUCUGCUAUGAAUGUGAAUAAAGGUAGUGGUGAAGUAGGGGAGGGUUUUGUAGAGGAUAUGAUGAAUAGGGCAGUUCAUGCUGCUGCUAGGGGAGGGAAUUUGGAGGUUCUUAACGAGCUUUUGUCAGAUUGUUCUGAUGUUUUGGCUUUAUAUAGAGAUUGUCAAGGUUCCACAAUAUUGCAUUCUGCUUCCAGUAGAGGCCAGCUUGAGGUGGUUAAGGCUCUAAUUGCAACAUAUAGUGGUAUCAUCAACUCCACUGACAACCAAGGAAAUACAGCAUUACAAGUUGCUUCCUACAGAGGGUACUCUUCUGUAGUGGAGUUCUUAGCUCUUGCAUCACCCGCACUAACCACAUCAAGAAACAAUGAUGGGGACUCAUUUCUUCACAUGGCAGUUGCUGGGUUCCGGUCCCCUGGUUUCCAUCGAAUCGACCAGCAAAUUGAGCUCAUCAAACAGCUUGUAAGUGGUAAAAUCAUCAAGUUGAAUGACAUCAUCAAUAUUAGAAAUAACGAGGGCAGAACUGCUCUGCACAUUGCUGUUGCUGAAAACAUUCAGUGCAAUGUUGUGGAACUCCUCAUGAAGGUAUCUUCAAUUGAUUUAAAUAUCCGUGACAUUGAUGGAUUAACCCCUCUGGAUCUCCUAAAGCAAUGCCCUAAAACACCAACAUCCAGUAUUCUGAUCAAACAAAUAACCUCAGCUGGAGGAAUUUCCGACUGCCAGAAUCAUACUGCUAGAAGUGCUCUUGCCAGACACUUGAAAAUGCAGGGCAUUGGGACUAGUCCAGGAACUUCUUUCAGAUUGCCAGAUGCCGAGUUGUUCCCAUUUGCAGGAGACGAGCAUGACUCCGACUUGAGUUGUGAACCGCCGAGUGGUAGAUUCAGCUCUUGCUCUAGUGAAGUAACAAGCAAUUUUGACACUGAGAGCAACAAGAAAUCAACUUUUGUUCGUUCAGCUUCAAGGCGGUUAAGGUUCCUCCUCCAGUUUCCAAGGAGAGGUGAGAGGAAAUUCGCAAAUAUGAAGAUGAAUGAAGAGCACAAUGAUGUUAAAAUACUUAAGGUACAGGGAAAUGUAGAUGAUACUCUAACACCACUCAGGCAAAAAUUUGCAGGGACAGGUAAUCCCAGCCAUUCUGCACGCGAGAAAUUCACUGUAAGCUUAAUGCAAGGAGUGAUCCAAGGAACACCGCCCAAAUCGUGUUUUCACUUGGGUCAUUACUCUCCUUCAAGCCCGUUUUCGAAAUCAUUCGCAUCUUCCCCUUCCUCAGCACAUAAGGUAAAGGGUGAUUCUGAAGAAAAAAGUGUCAGAAGAUCUUCAUUUUUUAGUGGACCUUUAAGUGGUGAAAGAUCAUUAGUGGGUGAUAAACAUAGGAGGGUAAGCUCUUUCAAUAAGAGUUUGAUGAAUCAGUACUUCUGUUUUGGAGCUCAAGGGUUGGCUGUGGAAGAGUCAGAUGCUUGUACUAGGACAAAUAGUAGUUGCAGAAGGCUUGUCUUCUGAGGCAUUUCAAUACUAUUGUACAGUUUUGAAAAGUUUAGUUAAUUACAGAAUUUUUCCUUUCCCUCUGUCCAAUUUUAUUGAUAAUUGGUUGAUUAAUCAUUAAUCUUACAACCAUUUUUUUAUUUUUAUUUAUACAAUUUGAAUUUCAUA